AUGGACCAACAUGGCGACCAGGACUCACCACUUUCCAUUGCGUCCAAUAUUGCCGGCCUACUGACGUUUGUCUUUGCCGUGGCGGCGACGGCCUAUGCGCGCUUUCGGUACCUGCAAACCAGCAGCACCGAGUACCUGCGCGUGAAGACGAGUCUAUCAUGGUACAAGACAGAAUCAACGUGGCUUUCAUACCUUGUCAACACACAAGAAGCAGCGUCCCGUGCGAGUGAGGACCAAGACACAGACCGGAGCAGCGUGGACGAGAAGAGCGGCGCCGAGUGGCUGCGGCGGAGACGCACAGGACUCGGUCGCGCACCGCCGCUGCCGUCGCAACGCGCGGAGCAGCACAUGUUUGCCUUUGUCAUGGAGGAUUUGCUGAAUCUCGAGCAGCGGCUACUUGAUAUGAUCAACGACGUGGAGUCGCGCGCGGAAGAACCGACCAGUAGCGGCGGGUUCGGUGUCUCGUGGUCGCUGAUCCCGGGGACGUGGCACGGUGGACGGCCAUCAGUGGCGGUGGCAUGGCUGGGCGUGCGGACAAAGGCGCUGGAAUUGGUGCGUCAGCGCGAGGCGCUGACGGAGCGUGUGCAGUUUCUGCAGCUGAGUAUGAUUGCGUCGAGGCUGCAGGCGCUAGAGGAACGGGUAUCUGCCCACGAGACGGAAGCGGGCGAGUCGUUAAAAGCUGCGAUUGCAGCGCAGGCGGUUGCGAUUCGCAGAUUGGAGUCGAAAUCUAUGAAAGCGGUAGAGAGCCCAGGAUAUCGACCAUAG